AUGUCUGAUUAUAAUUCACCACCGCCGGAUCAUUAUUCAACAUCACCUGAUCAUUAUUCACCACCGCCUGAUCAUUAUUCACCAAUGUCUGAUUAUAAUUCACCACCGCCGGAUCAUUAUUCACCAAUGUCUGAUUAUAAUUCACCACCGCCUGAUCAUUAUUCACCACCGCCGGAUCAUUAUUCACCAAUGUCUGAUUAUAAUUCACCACCGCCGGAUCAUUAUUCACCAAUGUCUGAUUAUAAUUCACCACCGCCUGAUCAUUAUUCAUCACCGCCGGAUCAUUAUUCACCAAUGUCUGAUUAUAAUUCACCACCGCCUGAUCAUUAUUCACCACCGCCUGAUCAUUAUUCACCACCGCCUGAUCAUUAUUCACCACCGCCGGAUCAUUAUUCACCAAUGUCUGAUUAUAAUUCACCACAGCCUGAUCAUUAUUUACCACCGCCUGAUCAUUAUUCAACACCACCUGAUCAUUAUUCACCACCGCCUGAUCAUUAUUCACCACAUCCUGAUAAUUUUUCACCACCGCCUGAUCGUGAUUCACCACCGCCUGAUCAUUAUUCACCACCGCCUGAUCAUGAUUCAACGCCGCCUAAUCAUUUGGAACAGCAUCCAUCUCAUCAUCUAUUGGAAUCGCAACUUUCCUAUUAUCAGCUUCAAGCUCACCACUACCUCUGUAAUAAAGAAAACCCAACUUACCAGUAA